GAAGCUAAAAUAACACGAGUCCCUCCCGAAGAAUGGCGACGAGUCAAAAAGGGGCGCAAACUCGACCUGGACCAAAGCGUUCUCAUUACCUCAUCCAAGGUGAAUGUCAAGGCCAACCUACGGAAGCUGCGACGGGAAAGUGCGAUAAGAAAGAAAAAAGGUGAAUCAUCUCAAAAUGCAGAGGUGUCUCAGCAGCUAGACGUGCCUUAUCGGCUCGCCAUCAAUUCCCAGUACCUUUUGCACGCCCUAGGGGAGUGUAUCGGGGAGGAGCUUACCGAGACUCAAAACGUUUUUGUACGUCCGUUCAAGUAUCUUGUAGGGCAUGAAGCGGAGAUACGACAGUUCUACGCCGAUCUUGAGUCAGCCUACGACCAAGCCGAAGCUGAUGCCCAGGCUGAAGUCGUUCAAGAAAAAGAGACGUCAGAAGAUGAAAUCUCGGCUGAGACGGAGCAUGAGACACUGAGGGAGAUAGCGGAUCGCGCUAAACGACAGAGGGACGAGUUUCGGUGUCUUAUAGAGUUCAUGGAUCACGACAUGGCAGAUAUAUUUGACGUCAAGCGCCAGAUCUCCAACAAGACCAUAAAAGAAAUCGCUUUUGAGAACCUGUGGCAGCUCUUUCGACCGGGGCAGACAUCGUACCUCUUCCAAAAUCGGGAUGAUCACCGUCGAUGCCAGGCGUUGCAGAUCCUUCACGUCACCGGUGGCCGUGAAGUGUUUGACUCUGGCAAGAAGUGCUCUUUCGACCCAGUGCGCGAUAGAGAAUGGGAUUCGGAGACUGAGUCAGAGGAAAGAUGCCGCGAUAUUGUCAAAGCCUCGGACCACGAAAGCACCAGUUUCAUCAUCGACUCCUUCCACAUCGACUUCGACGGUUUCCGGAUGGGUCCAAGACCAAAACGUUUCGUCAUUUCGCGCUACGUUGGGGCACGCCCCGUCAAAAUAUUGCCGCUGUAUCCAUCUUUUCUCCACCCUAAUGAUUCACAAAUUCAGGAGAUACUCCUUCAUCGGGGAAAGAAGUUCACAGAACUGGCGACCGGAACACACAGGAAAUAUGACGGGUUUACCAUUCGAGAGUCUAAUCAGACAACACGCGGUUUUUACAACUAUGUCAUGGUGGAUCAAGCGGCAGGUAUCGAAUUCUUUAGAGAGGACAUGAACCUGUACCACAGAUUUUCCGUAAAGUUGGGCGGAAGUAUCAUCUACAGCCCGACCAAGGCCGACAAGCGAGAAACAUUCGAUCCGUUACCCGAAAAGCAGGACAACAGCUGGGUCACCGACGUCUUUGAUGACUCCAAGUUCGAGGCUGACCGACACGCCGACUUUCUGCAGUUAGCAGAACUGCGGAGUAUUCAAGAGUUCCGAAGAGCCGGCUGCACUGACGAAUGGGCUCUGUUGCUUCCGACCCGCGUGUAUGGCUACUCCUUGCUCGACCACAGGUGGUUUGCCCUCGACAUCAACAAUGUGAGCGAAAUCCCCCCCCGGUCGCUCACAUCGCACUUUGAGGACCUGGUGCUGCCUGACGGCCACAAAACACUCCUUCAGGCCCUCGUGAAGAAUCAUGUUCGGGUACCCAAGCAGAGCGGUAUUGCGCAUGAGACAUUCUCUAUGGAUCUCGUCGCUGGCAAAGGCAAAGGGUUGAUUAUUCUUUUGCACGGGGUGCCUGGUGUGGGCAAGACUUCCACAGCUGAGUGUGUCGCCGCUGAGUUGGGCAGACCACUUUUACCUAUCACAUGCGGUGAUAUCGGCACCACAGCAAAAGAAGCUGAGAGGACAUUGGAGUCCUUCUGUGGGUUGGCGCAGAAGUGGAGAUGUGUGUUGCUUCUGGAUGAGGCCGAUGUCUUCUUGGCGAAGCGAGAAAAGGGAGACAUUGAGAGGAAUAGUCUAGUUUCAGUUUUUCUGCGCGUUCUAGAAUAUUACGCAGGCGUCAUCAUCCUAACCACCAACAGGGUCGGAGAAUUCGAUGAAGCAUUUCGAUCACGCAUACACAUUAGUCUCUACUACCCAAAACUCAGCCAGAAGUCUGCCAAGGACAUUUGGCAGAGGAACAUGUCCCGUCUCAAAGCGAGCGGAAUAGACAUGGACAUAGAAGAAGAGAAGAUUGAACGCUUUAUUGACCAGCACUGGGAGCGUAACAAACACAAGCCAUCCCGGAGAUGGAAUGGCAGGCAGAUGAAAAACGCUUUCCAGACAGCCACAGCACUGGCAAACUGGGACUUCUAUGAAGGCGGAGAAAACACUGAGCUAAAAGGACCGCUCCUCAAAGUUGGGCAUUUCAAACGCGUCGCGCAAACAUCUGCCCACUUCGAUGACUACAUUCGCGACAUUCAUGGCUUCCAAGAAGAAGACGACCCGUACAGCGUCAUCGCCGGACGUGACCUGCUGCGGCAAGACAAAAACCCAGGGACACUUCCCCCCGAUUCGUCCGCGCCAUGGGGAAGUCGUCGAAGAGGGAGAAACCCUCCGGUAUAUCCGGUAUCGAAUAUGGAAGAUCUUGGCAGGAGACACAAUCGACGGCGUAAUCGGGAGGAAAUGUUCACUGAUGACGAGGAUGAUGAUAAUGUCAAGCGGCUGAAGCUAGAGUUGAGGCUGGCUGAACUGAAGAAAAAAGAGGGUUCGGGAAAGGCGGAAGCAGCGGGACCGAUUGCAGACGACGAGGAGGAUGAUGAUGAUGAUGAUGAUGAUGAAACAUGGUGA